AUGGCCACCAGAAAUCAUUCUAUAGUUAUCAUAUUUGUCUUAGUAGGAUUGAAUCAGCAACCAGAGCUCCAUCUGCCCCUCUUUCUCUUGUUCCUGGAGAUCUAUGGGAUGACAGUAGUGGGGAACCUGGGCAGAAUGCUCCUGAUUGACCUCAGCCCUCUACUUCACACUCCCAUGUACUCUUUCCUUGGCAGGUUGUCCUUCAUUGAUCUCUGUUAUUCCUCUGACAUUACCCCCAAAAUGCUGGUGAACUUCCUUGGGAAGAAGAAUACAAUCCUUUACUCUGAGUGCAUGGCCCAACUCUUUUUCUUUGUGAUCUUUGUGGUAGCUAAGGGUUACUUCCUGACUGCCAUGGCAUAUGAUCACUACACUGCCAUCUGUAACCCACUGCUGGACAAUGUGAUCAUGUCAUCUUGGCUCUGCUCUGUGCUAAUGCUGGUUUCCUUCAUCCUGGGCAUUCUGUCUGCUGUGGCCCAUACAAGUGCCAUGAUGCAACUGAACUUCUGAAAAUCCCACAUCAUCAGUCAUUACUUCUGUGAUGUUCUUCCCCUCCUCAAUCUCUCCUGCUCCAACACACACCUCAAUAAGCUUUUACUUUUUAUCAUUGCUGGGUUCAACACACUAGUGCUCACUCUUUCUGUUGCUGUAUCCUACGCCUUCAUCUUCUUCAGCAUCCUUCCCAUCCAGUAUUCAGGGGAGAGGUCCAAAGCUUUUGGAAUAUGCAGUGCUCAUCUCAUGGCUGUAAGGAUCUACUUUAGGUUUAUCACCUACGUGUAUUUCAAGCCUCCUUCAUGUAACUCUCUGGACCAGGAGAAGGUGUCCUCUGUGUUCUACACCACAGCGAUCCCUAUGCUGAAUCUGCUGAUAUAUAGUCUGUGGAACCAGGAUGUGAAGAAAACACUGAGGAGGGUCUGGAUGGGAAGAUGA